UUUUUUUUAAUCCUUUCAUAAUCUUGUUGCAUGUUUAACUAAACCAAUAUGGCCCGAAUGAACCGCCCAGCUCCCGUGGAGAUCACCUACAAGAACAUGAGAUUCCUGAUCACACACAACCCGACCAAUGCAACCUUAAACAAAUUUAUAGAGGAACUUAAGAAAUACGGCGUUACCACAGUGGUGAGAGUGUGUGAAGCUACUUAUGACACUGCUCCGGUGGAAAAAGAAGGCAUUCAGGUUUUGGAUUGGCCCUUUGAUGACGGUGCUCCACCCUCCAACCAGAUCGUUGACGAUUGGCUAAACCUCCUUAGGGUGAAAUUUCGGGAAGAGCCGGGCUGUUGCAUUGCUGUGCACUGCGUUGCUGGUCUCGGAAGAGCUCCAGUCCUGGUUGCUCUUGCACUGAUCGAAUGCGGAAUGAAGUAUGAAGAUGCGGUGCAGUUCAUAAGACAGAAGCGGCGUGGAGCUUUUAACAGCAAGCAACUCCUGUACUUGGAGAAAUACCGCCCCAAAAUGCGUCUGCGUUUCAAAGACUCCAACGGUCACCGCAAUAACUGCUGUAUCCAGUAAAGCUCGGCAGCCUAUGCAGUACUUCCUUGGGAUGAGAGGAUGGCGACUGGAAAUUCAGCGGACUGCGUGGCGAAAAGCAUGAGUCUGGUGGUUUUUAGCAGUAAAGGAAGCUUCCUUAGGAGUAUUUAAUAGGCUAAAGGCUUAGUAGAAAUGCCAGGUGUACGUUUUAGGUAAAUACCCGUCUUGGUUGGAGACCUGGGAGGGAAGUGGUUUUUUGUUUUGGCUGUACCCCCGUUUCCGAGCAGUCUCCUCAUUCAUUCAUUACCAGUUGGAAUCCCCUCGAGCGAUGCCACUGAGUCUUACCCACCCGGUUUCAACUAUGACAA